AUGGAGCAAGUAAUAUGUCAGCGUGUAGAUGCUCUUCGAACAAGUUAUCAAGCUAAUAGUUUGAAGAAGCUUAAUAUUGGGAAACUUACUGGUGGAAGUGGUUAUUUUCAAGAAAUGAGUUUGGCACGCCCAGAAAAUGGCAUACAUUCAGAUCAAAAAUCUUUAGCCGUAAAACAGAUGAACGCUAUCCAAGAUUUUGAGUUUAACCUAAGAGAGAAUGGUUGGGAUACUUUGUUGAGUAGGGCGAUUGAGUUUUAUGUUGAUAGACAUAUUUUAGUGCCCAACAUAGAGGAUAUUGUAGUAGUGAAAGGUCGACCUAGGGGUGUAGCUCAGCAGGUGACUUAUUUUCAUCGCUUUUAUGUUGAUUUGUAUUGUCAUGUGAUAGACUCAAUCUUGCAAGAGUUGAAUGAUCGUUUUCCAGAAAUAACUACUGAGCUCUUUACUUGCAUUUCAUUUUUAAGUCCAAGAGAUUCAUUUGCAGCUUUUGAUAAGGAUAAAUUGCUACGUCUUGCUCAGUUCUAUCCUUUGGACUUCAAUAGUGAAGAGCUUUUAUUACUUAGAUCUCAGCUUGAUAAGUUUCUUUUACUUGUGAGAAUGGACAAAGCUUUCUUUAAUCUCAAUAGCAUAUCUUGUGUAGCUCAGAAAUUGGUUGAAACUAGAAGUUCUUGUUAUUUUUCAUUGGUUUAUAGGCUGCUCACCUUGGCAUUGAUUACCUGUGGCAACUACAAGUGUUGA